CAGAAAUGUGAGGGUCGUGAUAAUUCAACGAAUAAACCCAGCAAUGGAGUUGGCCGACGGCUCAAAGGCGGUCGUAGAUCCUGAAGUUCAGGCUUACGUCUCCAGUCUCGUUACAGCGCUUGGCGGCAGCGGUUCGGACGAGGAUGGACGCUAUGUGCUCGGAGAUGAUGCUCUCGCCUGUUUGCGGGAUAUAAAACGAUGGUUGAAGCUAUACGACGAAAAGGCGAAUCGACUGGACGUGGCACGAUGUCUCGCGGAGUUGAACUUGGUUGGCGGCGACCUGCUUCAGAUCCUGGCAGCUUGGCCCGAAAACGAAACCGACAACAAGAUAAAGUCGCGGAUAGCGCUCGCAUGCGUGGAACUUCUCGUACCGUUGACAUGGCCGUUGGAUAAAGGGGUUGAGAUGACUGUGAAUCACCAUCGCCAUAUUCCAUUCCUCCAACUCGCUCAAGUGGGCUACAAGCGCUCGAUAGUCAACUACGAUGGGGCGCGAAUUCUACACACCGUGACCCGGGUUGCGCUACCUGCCAUGGCCGUCGCUUUGAAAGAUCGCAGUACUCGAGAUGAGAACGUGAUCAGAAUGGUCCUCUACCUACUUCGUAAUAUCGCCAUGAUAGCUCCUCCGCCGGGCGUCCAAUACGAUGGAGACGAAAUAGAAAUUUCACGGUCAGCAAUAAUCGACGCAUUCGAUUACCAGGAUAUUCUCCAUCUGCUUCUAGCGCUUUGUUCAUCCAUGGGGGAGGAUUUCAACACCCAGGACGUCGUUGUUAUGGAAAUACUCUUUCAUUUAAUCAAAGGCGUAGACAUUGAAACCUUGUUCAUGAACGAGAAGCAGUUAGACAGCCACAAGGAUGAUGAGCUGGCGAAGUUGCUCAAUCAGGAAGCCGGGAUGAGGAGAGCAAAUGCGAGGACAGCCCCGACAAGACACAGUAGAUUUGGAACCAUGUUGUGGGUUAAACGGGACGACGGAAAGGUGUCUACGGUCACUGGCCAGGAUGCCCUAUUGAACACCGCCCGGAGUCUUGACAAGAUGGAUAAGAAUAAGACCUUCAAACCGCCAACACGUGCGCCAAAGGAAGUGAAGGGUCCUAUGGAUUUUGAUGCUCCAGAGAAACUUAGCCAGCGAGCCAGUAACAACCUGAAAACGUUCGUCGAAGACUUCCUUGACUCAGGGUUCAAUCCGCUCUUUCAGAAUGUGCGAAAGGCAAUCGAUCGACAGGCUGAGCGCAUCCUCGAAUACCAUCCACGACAGUUCUUUUACCUUGUCUCAUGGUUCCUCGAAGCUGAACGCGUGCGACGACAGUCGAAGAAAUCGCAGAAAAGUAAGAAGGCAGCAGAUAAGGACACCGAUGACAGCUUUGGGCUUGUGGCUAGCGUCCUCAAUCAAGAGAUGUUUAUCACCUUGAACCGCGCAAUGGAAAAGCACUUCGGAGAUAAAUCAUGGGACGACCUAAAAGCUUCGAUGAAAUGCUUUACACAGAUCCUGCUGACUGUCCAAGAAAUGUCCGAGUCAAAGCUCGACGAGGAUCAGGAGAUUGCAGAGAACAUUCUCGCUCGUAUAUUCUACGAAGAAACAACACAUGAUCGUGUUGCUAAUAUUAUCCGCACUUUCAAAGAUCAGGGAUUUGGAUAUCUUGAUGCCGCUACUGAGCUGGCUCAUGUCUACAUUCGCAUCCUCGAAAAUUACUCGAAGCAAAAUACCGACUUGCAAGUACGGUCACGGAGGCGAGUUCGCCGGAAAAAGAAGGCGGCAAUAGACGCCGGAGAGGAUGACGCGGACGAUGAAAUAAUCGACGGCUCAGACAAUGAUGACGCGCAGGCGGAGCGGGUCUCUAGAGAAAGAAAAUUCGACUUCAAGCGCUUCUCGUCUAGGUUCCUGACCCAGGGUUGUAUAGACACGUUUGUCACAUUGGUGUCUUAUUAUCAAGAGUUAAAACCAGAACAGAUGAAGAGAGCUCAUCGUUUCUUGUACCGUGUGGCCUUUAAGAUGGACAUGAGCAUCAUGCUCUUCAGAGUCGACAUUAUCCGUCUCCUGCACAAGAUUAUCAAAGGCCCCGGAGGGCUUGAUCCAGCUUCGAAAACUUACAAGGAAUGGGACGAGCUAGUGAGACACAUUCUCCGGAAGUGUGUUAAGAAGAUCCAGGAACACCCCGAGCUUAUUGUCGAGAUGCUGUUUUCGAAGACAACAUACACUGCCAACUUCUUCCAGUACGGAUAUGAGUCGCAAACCAUUGAGAGCAAGGCUCGGGCAGCGGCGGAGCUGGAAGUCAAACCUGGAUUUGAAUGGGAGCAGCAGAUUGGCGUUGUUGUUGGCGCGUUGCUUGACCGUAACGAGGGUCACCUUUUAGAGUGGCUCAAAUCUCAACUGUCGUCUGCUGAGAUAGAGCGCAGAAGCUGGGAGGGGGCAAGCGAACCCAUCCAGUCCGUCGAAACCGAUGCUGGCGAAACCCCACCCGUGCCUGCAGACCCUCCUAAAGCCCCAUCAAUAGUUGCCAAGCCCAGCGACGCUACCUGCAAGACAGCCAUGCUCAAGAAUGGCUACCUCCGGCUUCUAAUGACGCUUGUCGGCCUUCGCCGCAUCGGUGACGAAAACGACAUCGACACCCCUUGGGUCGUGCCCUCGCACCUUUCCUCCGCCCAGCUCAAAGAAGCGCUCACCCUAAUCAAGGCCGCAGAGUUCGACCCUCCAACCUUUGAGAAUGGGUACAACGCAGAAGCGCAGAUCCGGCGCGUCUCUGCCGCCCAAAAUAGACGUCGCGCAGCCUUUGACGACGAAUCAGACAACGGAAUAGAUGAGGACGAUGCCGAGAUACUCUUCCCUGCCGGCGGACCCACGCCGAUGAGUAAAUCGGACGCCUUCGCCGCGCUGAAGAAGACGCGACGGAAGCGCCGGCGCAGUGGGACCGAGGAUGAUGCGCUCGACGAGGAGCAGUUGGCGGCCAGGGACCGAGCACGCCGCGCGAAGGACCUCGAGAAGCAACGGAAGAUUAAGAGCGAGUUGUUUGUGCAUGAUAGCGAUGAUGAGAGUGAUGCGGAGCGCGACGAGGCGUUUUUCGCUGAGGAGGAGAGGACGAGGGCGAAAGUAAGGAGGGGGCUGUUGGUCGCGGAGGCGAUAGGUACAGCGGCAAGUGGGGUGGAGAAGAAGAAGCCUAAGGUGCCAGUCGUGGCUGCCGUGAACGAGAACGACAGCGAUGAGGAUGCUGUGGUGGCUGUGAGUCCGCCGUCUAGUGGGAGUCAGAAGAGAUCGGUCGAUGUGGAGUCGGGCGAGGAGAUAGAGACUGAGACACCGCUGUCGAGUCCACAUACACGGCCCUCGGGGCCGAAGCGGGCGAGGCUUGAUACUGAAGAUGUUGAGAGUAAAGAGGGUAGUACCGCGGCUGGUGGGAGGGAUGUCGGGAUGGUGGACCUUGACGAUGACGAUGAUGAGGACAUACCUGCUCCGCGGCGGCCGAGAGGGAGGGCAUUUGGUGGGUUUGUGGUGGAUAGCAGUGAUGAGGAAUAAUGCCUGUUUAUUUAUAUGUUAGGAUUGCUGGGGUUUGGCGCUUGGAGGUUGUGUGGGAUACCAAUCUAUUGGCAAUAUGUGGCAUAUAGCGAGGGCAGACGGGGAAAUGAAAAACAUAAAUUCCAUCGUAA